AAACAAAAUCCAAAAACGCGCUUCUUGCGGGUAAUCGUUUUCGCGAAAGUUAUAAUAAAUUGCAUUUUUUAAGUUAAAUUAAGUAUUACUUCAGUGCUUUGUGAAGUCUAGCUGAUUAUUAAUCAUGGCAGAAGAGGAACAGAUGCCCAUCAUUCCGGUGAAGGAACCGCUAGAUCUGAUCCGGCUCAGCUUGGACGAGAAGAUCUACGUCAAGAUGCGGAAUGAGCGAGAGCUUCGGGGGCGGUUGCAUGCUUUCGAUCAACAUCUGAACAUGGUGCUGGGCGACGCAGAGGAAACCGUGACAACCGUGGAGAUCGACGAGGAAACCUACGAAGAAGUGUAUAAAACUACCAAACGUACCAUUCCAAUGCUGUUCGUGCGAGGAGACGGCGUCAUCCUCGUCUCGCCGCCGAUGCGAGUUGGUAGUUAAGCUUUCA